AUGCUAUCAGUCCUGUCCUUCUGUGCGCUGGUCGCUAGCGUUCAAGCUGUCUCUUUACCGUUUGGCAGUGCAGCAUACUCCAAUCACUUCGGCCGUGCAGGAUCUGAUGCAAGCUACGACUAUGUUGUCGUCGGUGGUGGCACCGCUGGCCUUGUGAUGGCAACUCGUCUUGCCGAGAACGGGACAUAUACAGUAGCGGUUGUAGAGGCUGGCGGCUUCUAUGAACUCGAGAACGGCAAUCUCACAAUCGUACCUGGAUACUACACCGACAAUUUGGGUCACCCCUCAGUAGAUUGGNGGUUCAACACAACCGAACAGCCGGAUUUGAACAAUCAGACUUUCGAAUAUGAUCGCGGAAAGACUCUGGGCGGAAGGCAGUCAUAUGCCGCAUGGGCAGAUACAGUCGAUGACCAAACUUACGCCUUCGACUCGUUCCUUCCCUUCUUCGAAAAGAGUGUAAACUACACAGCACCGAAUCACAACCUCCGCGCAGCGAACGCUACCGUUCCUCCAGCCAAUGCUUCAGCUUUCUCAAACACUGACGGUCCCCUUCACGUCUCGUUCGAGAACUAUGCCUCACCCUUCUCAUCCUGGGGUCAGCUUGCCCUGCGAGAAAUUGGAGUGCCCGACAUCUCGGACUUUAGCAGUGGAGAGUUGCUCGGAUCGCAAUACUGCCCCGCGACUAUUCGCCCAGAUGAUGAGACUCGCAGCACGAGCGAGUCGUCAUACCUUCAACAGUCGCUCGCUGACGACGAGGCCCAACUUGAAGUCUUCAUACACACGAUGGCGAAGAAGAUUAUUUUCGAUUCGAACAAGACCGCGACUGGAGUCGUUGUUGAGACAGCCGGCACGCCCUACACUUUGAACGCUACGCGAGAGGUCAUCUUGUCUGCUGGUGUUUUCCAAUCGCCGCAACUGCUGAUGGUGUCUGGCGUUGGUCCUACAUCGACCCUGCAGCAACACAAUAUCUCCAUGAUUGCUGACCGACCUGGCAUUGGAUCCAACAUGUGGGACCAUGUUCUUUUCCCAGUCAUGUAUCAAGUGGAUGUGGAAACUCUGAAUUCCUUAAGCGACCCAGCUUUCGCUGCCAGAGCCUCGUUGCAAUACAACAAGAACGCAACAGGCAUACUUACAAACGCGGGAGGCGAUUAUCUCGGAUGGGAAAAGUUGCCAGCCGAAAAUUUCGACCAGUUGAGCAACAUCACGCAGCAAGCACUCUCCGCCUUCCCUGCCGACUGGCCUAACCUAGAAUUCUUGGUUAGCAGCUUCCCGCCGCUUACGAAAGGAGUCAAAAUCUCCGACUCCGCACAGUAUGCUUCUGUUCAAAUUGCGCUCAUCACCCCUCUCUCCCGUGGAAGUGUCUCCAUAUCAUCCAACGACGCCACGGAUCCUCCACUCAUCAACCCGGGCUGGCUGAGCAACUCAAGUGAUGUCGAAGUCGCAGUACAGGCCAUCAAGCGUGGCAGAGACUUCUUCGGCGCCAGCGCAAUGCAGCCGAUCUUGAUCGGAGAGGAACUCUUGCCUGGCAGGAACUACACUACUGAUGCUGAGAUUGAAGAGUUCGUGAGGCAGUAUGUUGCGACAGUGUACCACGCUUCUUGUACCUGUGCAAUGGGCAAGGUCGACGACCCAAUGGCUGUGGUCGACUCCAAGGCUCGCGUCAUUGGCGUCAAUUCGUUGCGUGUUGUUGACGCUUCGGCUUUCCCCUUCCUGCCGCCUGGUCAUCCACAAGCGACAGUCUAUGCGCUUGGCGAGAAGAUUGCCGCAGAUGUCCUGAGUGACGCUUCUCAGAUCGAGAGCUAG